AAUCCCCUUCUCCUUUCCAUUGCUCUCAAUCCUCCUCUCGUUCGGUAAAUUCCGGUAAAUGCCACCCCCUAAAACGUCAAGAAUCAACAUCAUCUAACCAACGCAUUCUCUCUCUCUCUCUCUCUCUCUCUCUAGAACAUUUUUAAUUGCCGUAAAAGUCUAAGCACAAAGCUACCUAUUGCUUCUCCCUCCCCCAAGGGGAUCUCUCAUUUUACUCUCUCUCUCUCUCUCUCUCUCUCUCUCUCUCUCUCUCUCUCUCUCUCUCUCUCUCUGAUCAACCCAAAGGUUGAAAAGUGAAGGCAAUUGGUGAGCAACAUGUAUCUUCUGAGAAGACAAUCUCAAAAACCAACCCCUGAGGAUGAUUCUGCACAAAAAGAAUGCAAAGGUCAAGGAACUCAGGGCAGCACUUGGGCCCCUGUCUGGACGCAAUUUGAAGUACUGCACCGAUGGAUGCCUUCGGAGAUAUUUGGAAGCUCGGAGCUGGAAUCUUGAGAAGGCGAAGAAAAUGGUUGAAGAGACACUGAAAUGGAGGGCAACUUAUAAGCCUGAAGAAACCCGUUGGGUAACGCAUGAAGGUGAGACCGGCAAAGUAUUUAGAGCUAAGUUCCAUGAUCGACUUGGGAGGAGCGUGCUUAUAAUGAGGCCAGCACAGCAGAACACAAACUCGCCCGAAGAUAAUAUCCGCCAUUUAGUCUAUCUUAUAGAAAAUGGUGUCCUCAACCUUCCCGAAGGUCAAGAACAGAUGUCAUGGUUGGUUGACUUCACUGGAUUCUCAAUCAACACCAAUGUCAGUGUCAAGACAGCCCGGGAUAUUAUUAACAUUCUACAGAACCAUUACCCCGAGAGGCUUGCGGUUGCAUUUCUAUAUAACCCGCCAAGAAUUUUUCAGGCAUUCUGGAAGGCCGUCAAGUACUUCCUGGAUGCCAAGACCUCUCAGAAGGUGAAGUUUGUAUACCCGAAAGGUAAAGAAAGUGUGGAGCUCAUGAAGACAUUCUUUGAUGCUGAAAAUCUUCCGAGCGAGUUUGGGGGACAAGCCACCCUAAAGUAUGACCACGAGGAGUUUUCUCGAAUGAUGGCGGAGGAUGAUGUGAAAACUGCCAAGUUCUGGGGAUUUGAUGAGAAGCCUUUCCAUAUAACAAAUGGGCAUUCUGGAGCAGAGGUGGCACCGCAGCCUCUCCGCGUUGCACCCGUGGCUAGCUGAUUACCCUGGCCGGCCCAGUGGAGUAUAGUAAGAAUUUAAAAGUUGUACAAUGAGUACUACAAGCUGUCUUUAGUUUUGAAUUCGGAAUGAGGAGCGAGAGGGUUCGUGGUUCAGUUCCUCGCUGCAGGUUAAUAAGCAUUUGUACUACUGUACUUAACUGGUAACUACGGGGGAGAUCGAUAACCUCAUUGUUUUCCUGACGUUCUCUACUUAAACGUACAGUGUGAUGUUUUUCUAUCUUUUUAAUGGGUUUUUAUUCUCUUGAUUUAAGAAC